AUGGUACCCAUACAGUCGACUCAAGUCUUCCGUUCUAGCCUUCAAUACUCAGAGAUGUUCCGUUUAACAGUUGCUUGCGCCUUAUUGGCCCUCUCUUCAGCUCAACUUCCAGCUGCUCCAUUGUACUCGGCCUGUGGCCCAACUGUAGGCUGUGCCGUACCAAAUGUGUGCCAAGCUAAUGUGUGUGUCCCUACUGCUCCAGUGGUUGCUGCUGCUCCACCGGCACCAAUCGCUCCAGCUCCUCUCCCAGUUGCUGCUCCAGCUCCAUUGCCAUACCAAGCUUAUGCUCCAGCUCCAGUUUUAGCUCCAGCUCCAGUUUAUGCUCCAGCUCCUGCUCCAGUCUACGCUCCAGCUCCAGUUUACGCCCCAGCCCCAGCUCCAGUUUAUGCUCCAGCCCCAGCUCCAGUUUACGCUCCAGCCCCAGCUCCAGUUUAUGCUCCAGGCCCAGUUGUUGCUGCCCCACCAGCCCCAAUUGUUGCUGCUCAACCAGUCGCUUGCUCCCCAGGAUGUGUCGGACCAGCUGCAUGUGUUGCCGGAGCUUGUCAAUGUGCUAACCCCGCUGUUGUAUACAGCCCUGUUGUUGGAUGUGCCCCAGCUAUUCCUGCUGUUCCAGUUGCUCCAGCUCCAGUUAUUGCCGGACGUCUCAUCCCACAAGCUCUUCCUGGAGCCCCAUGCGAGCCAGGAGUUGAAUGCACCGGAGGAUCUGUCUGCUCUCUUGGAGUAUGCCUCUGCCCACCUGAGCUCGUCCAGGAAGGAACUGUCUGUGUUGCUAGAACCAUCUACGGUGUUGUCCCUCCACCAGUCAUCCCAGUUGCUCCAGUUGUGCCAGCUAUUCCAGUUGCCCUCGGAGCUCCAUGUGUAGCUGCUGCUCCAGCCUGUGUCCCAGGAGCUGUCUGCUCUGCCGGACUCUGCCAAUGUGCUCCAGCUUACGCCCCACUCUCCGGAGGAUGUGUCUUGAGAAGUAUGAAUCCUACCUUAUAG